AUGGAGCUGCUGUGGACGUGGUGCCUGUGGCUGGUGCUGGCGACGGCGGCAGCGGAUGCGCACCUGCACGCCCACGCGCGGGCGCACCCGCACGACCGGCGACUGGAGGCGGAGGCCUACGGCUACGACCACAACCGGACGGCCGGCGCUGGCGCGGGGGUGGCGGCGGGCCGCAUGUCGCGGCGCGGGCUGUCGCCGGAGGACGCGGGCCUGAAGCCGUCGCCGCCGGGCGACGAGUACCCGCUGCCCGAGGAGCCGCGGGACGCCAGCCUGGACCCCAGGCCGCAGGACCUCAACGAGACGGCGCUACGGGCACGUCUCGGCGUGCACUUCGACCCCUCCUGCAUGAGCAUCACGCCCGUCGCGCCGGACGGCCGCGGCCACCACGGGGGUGGAGGCAGGGCGCACCCGGGCGGCAAGAGCAGGGGCCGGGCGCACGGCAGGCACCACGGCGAGGCGGCGGCGCCGGGCGAGUUCCCCUUCCGGCGCAACAAGCACGGCCGCCUGGUGCCCGUGGGCGAGAUGCCCGAGGCGCUGCACAAGCUCAACCUGCGCUACUUCAAGCUGCCCAACGGCACGCGCGUGCGCACCAACUACCCGGCCAAGUUCCGCAAGAAGCUGCAGCACUUCCUGUGGGCGUUCACCGCGUGCCCCGUGGAGCACGAGUGGCGCGACCUGGGCGUGCGCUACUGGCCGCGCUUCCUGCGCCUCGGCCACUGCGCCGCCGGCGCCGCCUCCUGCUCCAUCCCGCCCGGCAUGCACUGCCGCCCCGACGCCAAGGUCGAGAAGAAGCUGCUCAGCUGGCGCUGCCUCGGCCGCGCGCCCACCGAACGCCACUGCCAGUGGAUGGACUUCAGCAUGUUCAUCGUCGAGAGCUGCACCUGCGCCUGCCCCAAGAACGACAGCGCGCACGACUGAGCACCGCCCUCCCGCGUCCCGGACCCCAUACAUCACUCGCACACGUACGGCUCCGCACCAAGUUUGUUUCUCUCCCCUAGAAAAUUCCGACACAUACAGCGCUCCGCGCUGCAUCCACGUACCACAUCUCUGCUCUGUACUGUCUGU